AUGCCGUGGUGGCGUAUAUGGCUGUGGUCCACUAUCUUUAUUAGUGGGUCCUCAUUUAAGAAAAUAGUUUGCCAAGCAAGAUUAAAUCUAUUACUGGUAGGAACUGAUAAUGAUCAGCUAUAUCUGUUUGCUUAUGGUGUCUUUCCUUGUGGUGUGGUUACAUUCUCAAUAUUAGAUGGUUCAAAGUCUCGUCAUAUACAUACAGCAUCAAUAUCUCAAGAUUUAAAAUGUUUAUCAUUAAUAAUAGAAUCUACUGUUGAUCAGUCUGAUGAUAUAGAUUAUUACAUGUUAUCAUACGACACCACAUUAUUAGCAUCUAGACAUAAAGAAAUUAGAUUAAUGGCAUUGAAAUAUGGUCAAAUAGCUACAUUAUUAGAGUACUUACAAACAACAAUACAACAAAUGUCUGAAGCCUGGGAAGAUAUAUUAAUGGAGAUGGAUUCUAAAUUACUCAAAUUUGCUGCAGAAAAAGAGAAAGUCUGUAAAAAGAUCUUCAGUGGAUUUGAAGGAUUUAAAUUUACUGGAACAACAUUUAAAAGGGAACAGUUUAAGUGCUCAAAAAACAUAAUUUAA